AUGAAAACUUUGCUACAUUUCUUCCUUUUCUUGAUCACACACUGGGUCAGUAUCAUCAUCCCAGCAGUUCACAGCCAGUGUAUUGAAGACCAGCAACUCUCAUUGCUCCAAUUCAAGAAAAGCAUCGUGUUCGGUUAUUCCACCAAGCUUAUUUCUUGGAAUGCAAGUACUGAUUGUUGUUCUUGGGUCGGCGUCACUUGCAGCCGUAAUGGGCGUGUUCUGGGUCUUGACUUAAGCAGCGAACAUAUCUCAGCCGGAAUUGACAAUUCCAGCAGUCUCUUCCAUCUUCAUUAUCUUCAGAGCCUCAAUCUGGCGGACAACCUUCUUGGCAAUUACUCUCAAUCAAUUCCAUCCGCCAUCGGAAAGCUCGUGAACUUGAGGUAUCUGAAUUUAUCUCUUAAUCAUUAUUCAGGGCAAAUUCCCAUCGAGAUUUCUCGCUUGAGGAGGUUGGUAGUUCUUGAUCUUUCUAACCGUUAUGGGUUAAACCUUGGAAGGCCAAAUUUACACAUGUUGGUUCACAACCUCACAGAGCUUAGAGAGUUAUAUCUUGAUGGUGUCCAAAUAUCAGAACAGGGGAGUCAGUGGUGCCAAGCCAUAUCAUCUUCCGUUCCCAACCUCAGGGUCUUGAGCAUGUCCCAUUGUGAUCUUUCAGGCCCUCUUCAUGAGUCCUUUGCUAAUCUUCGGUCUCUAUCUGUGAUUAGGUUGGGAGGGAACAGUAUCUCUGCGCCAGGAUUCUUUGCCAACUUUUCAAACUUGACUGUCUUGAGUCUCCCGAUAUGCGGGUUGCAAGGAACAUUUCCCAAAGAGAUCUUUCAGUUACCUUCUCUACAAAGUAUUGACCUCUCAUUUAAUUACCAACUUGAUGGUUCCUUGCCAGAAUUCCCAAGGAAUGGAUCUCUUCAGUACCUGGAUCUAAGCGGGACAAAUUUUUCAGGGUUAUUGCCAAAUUCUAUUGGCAAUCUCAAAAUGUUGUCCAGCAUAAAUAUUGGAGGUUGCAAUUUCACCGGACCGAUGCCCAAGUCAAUGACAAACCUUACACAGUUGGUUUCUUUGUCGAUGUCUGAAAACAAGUUGGAAGGUUCAAUUCCGUCAUUCAGUGGGGCCAAUAAUGUGAACUUCAUAGACCUUUCCAACAAUGGUCUAACAGGUACUAUUAAUUCCACCUACUGGGGAAACCUUACUAAGCUAUCCUUUAUUGAUUUGAGAUCCAAUAAGCUCGAUGGGAAUAUCCCAGCAUCUCUUUUUUCACUUCCCCUUUUGGAUUAUUUGUGGAUGUCUGAAAACAAGUUUGAAGGUUCAAUUCCGUCAUUCAGUGGGGCCAAGAAUGUGAACUUCAUAGACCUUUCCUACAAUGGUCUAACAGGUACUAUUAACUCCACCCACUGGGGAAACCUUACUAAGCUAUCUGAACUCAAUUUGAGAUCCAAUAAGCUCGAUGGGAAUAUCCCAGCAUCUCUGUUUUCUCUUCCCCUGUUGCGUAGUCUAGAUCUUUCCAGCAAUCAAUUCUCUGGUCCAUUCCCUGAAAUUUCAAAUGUGUCUUCCUACUUGCUGAAUGGUCCUGAUCUUGAACUUUAUUUGAGAAAUCAAUCGAACUUAAAUACUUUGGACCUUUCAGAGAACCAGAUAAAUGGCAAGAUACCUGACUGGAUUUGGAGUUUAAAUAAUCUCAUUCUCCUAAAUCUUUCUUGCAACUCCCUAGAUUCUCUAGAAGUUCAUUCAAUUAAUCUCACUAAUCUAGGUUACCUUGACCUUCAUUCCAACCAGCUUCAUGGGCAACUCCCAAUUUUUCCAUCAACUGUCCGUCUCCAUUAUCUAGAUUUCUCCAGGAAUUAUUUCAGCUCUAUCGUACCGGGUACCUUUGGAGAAAUGUUUCAAGAUCCUCACGACACAGGCUUUUUCUCGCUUUCGAGCAAUAACCUCACUGGGAUCAUUCCAGAAUCAUUAUGCAAUAUACAAUAUCUUGAGUUUCUUGAUCUGUCCAAUAAUUCUUUGAGUGGCACGGUUCCCCAAUGCCUAACUACAAUGACGAGGCUUUCGGUACUCAACUUAAGGAGGAAUAAUCUUACAAAUGUUGAUGACUUCUCUCAGAAUUGCCAGUUAAUAAGUCUAGACAUCAGUGAAAAUCACCUUCAAGGCCGGUUUCUAAAAUCUCUUGUCAACUGCACCCAGUUAUCGAUUUUAAACCUUAGAAACAAUUUGAUAACAGAACCAUUUCCCUGCUUUUUAAGGAACACAUCCAGCUUGCGUGUCCUUGUCUUGCGAUCCAAUAAAUUUUAUGGGCGCAUUGGAUGUCGCAAGACUAAUGGCACUUGGCCAAUACUUCAAAUCAUAGACUUAGCUCACAACAAUUUUAGUGGUGAAGUACCUGGAACAGCUCUGGCAACUUGGCAGGCCAUGAGGACAAAAGAUGAUGCCCCAGGGAAGAUCAAUAGCCUUCAAUUGAAGACCGGAGUUUUAUAUCAAGAAGAUACAAUCACAGUCACCAACAAAGGUUUAGAGAUGGAGCUGGAGAAUGUUUUAUCUAUCUUCAUCUCCAUUGACUUCUCGUGCAACAAGUUCAAUGGAUCAAUACCCGAGGAAAUUGGAGAACUCCAAUCAUUGUAUGCCCUCAACUUGUCCAACAAUGCUUUCACAGGUGCAGUUCCAUCAUCACUAAGUAACUUGAGUCAGCUAGAGUCCUUGGACCUCUCGAAAAACAAACUGAGCGGUCAAAUCCCACCGGAGCUUACAAAACUCACUUUCCUUGCAUUCUUGAAUCUCUCAUAUAAUCAAUUGGUCGGGAGGAUACCAAGCGGUGCUCAAUUUUCAACAUUUGAAGCAGCUUCCUUCGAAGGUAAUAAAGGAUUAUGGGGGCCUCCUUUAACUGCAGGGUUCUCACCAAAGUCGGAAGGAAACCAUUCAAAUCCUGGACAUGAGAUUGAUUGGAAUAUUAUCUGUCCUGAAAUUGGGUUUACAUGUGGGUUUGGGAUUGCCAUCGGGUCACUUUUGUUUUGCAAGAGAUGGAGGAAAUGGUUUUACAGAGCUAUGUAUAACAUGCUUCUAAAGAUAUUCCCUCAGCUGGAACAAAGAUUUGGUCAUCACAGGAGACAUGUUUACGUACAUCAAAGAUACUGGAGACGUUGA